UCAAAGCCUCUGCUCUGCCAGCGCUAAGUGUCUGCUGAAAAACAAAGGCAGCGAGCCGCGGCUGGGAAAUGUCAUCAGUCAUGCCUAAUAGAGGAAAUAGCCUUCAAACAAUCAAUGGCGAUAUUCUUUGAGGGGUGAAAUAGGGGAACUGUUAUCAUUGCUUUUGCUGUUUGUGUGAACAAGACUCCAAAAUCAACAGCAAACGUCGGCUGUUGAGAAUCCACAGGUUCCCUCCUCUUCGCUUGUUUUCUUUUUUCUUCUUCUGUGUUUCUGGAUGGAUCUGGACUGAGUGACAGCAGCAGCAGGACUGUUGAGUAGCCGUCUAACAUCACGGACUUGUUUGUUGCAUCCAGUGGAGUGAACAAUGAAGUUAGUGCAUUCUAGAUAGAAGAUGAAUGGCGAGUCGGGGGGGGGUUAUUGGAAGAAUCGAAUUCAAGUGAGCGCGUAGAGAUUUCACACCCUCGUUUCUACAAUUCUUUUAUACCCCUUUCUCGUUUGAAAUCCUGCCUUUGAGCACACCGUUUGGUCUGGAUUUUCAGUCGUUAAAGAGGGAAGUUACCUGCGCGCUCAUCAGCCGAGGAGAGGCGCUGUCCGUGGUCCUUAAGUCAUCUCUUGAUAUCUUACUCCUGGCCUCGAGUGAAGACAACUUUACAGUUGGAGUUGACACUGUCCACCAAGAGCUCCAGAAAGAGCUUAAUAUGGUAACUCAAACCAGAGUUCAUCUGCAAACUUUGAUAGGCCUACUUUUGAUUUUUGUUGUCCACCUGAGCCGGCCAGUAUGUGUCGAUGUCCCGUCAGAGACUGACGCAGUCCUGGGGGAACCCAUGAAGUUGACCUGCAUCUCCUGUAUGAAGAGGGAUGAGAUCAAAGCAAAGACAUUUGUGGAUUGGUACUACAUGCCAAAAGAAGAAAAAGACAUACCACCUGUCAAAAUUCAUAUAUUCAAGUAUGAUGUUGACAAUCCAGUUGAAUCGGACGGACCAUUUAAGGGCCGUCUGACCUGGGAAGGGAGCAAGGACUUGCAAGAUGUCUCCAUUCAAAUUAAGAGUGCCAUCUAUAAUGACAGUGGCGUCUAUGAGUGCCACGUACUUCGCAAGUUUGAGUUUGACUUCUUCACUCCCUUGCUAUCCGUCACCAAGCACAUCAAGUUGAAGGUGCAAGCGAAAGCCACUGGAGAUGUCGCAGCGCUCUACUCAGAGAUCAUGAUGUAUGUGCUGCUGGUGUGCUUGACCUUCUGGCUGCUGGUAGAGAUGAUCUACUGCUACAGGAAGAUCUCCAAGUCUGAUGAGCAGGCACAGGACACUGCGACAAACUACCUAGCCAUUCCCUCUGAGCAGAAAGACAACCCAACCACUCCUGUUACCGAAUAAAAGUGGUUAUCAGUGACACGGUAUUAACCAAUCACGGUGGGACUUCAGUCAUCUGUCAUGUGACAGAAACAGGCAUAGUGUCCACAACCUCAUCUAUGUCACUAUGAAGGUAUCAUUACUCCUAGACAGCCAUGGGAAUCCUGCCAACAGACUUCCCCUGUGUAUUGACUGUGUUAUGUGAAGAGCCAGUCAAAAAUGUCCAAGUGCUCAAUGUUUCUCCUCCUUGUCCUCUCUCUUUUUUUUUUUUUACCUUCGUGCCAGGCAUCUGAAAUAAAAUGCUUUCACAAAUAGAGCAGGUUAAAUAACAAUGCACUUAUUAUCAGAUAAAUACCAGACAUGCGCUAUUUGGACCUGCCAGUGCGUCAAGUUAGUAGAUAUGUCUUAGUAGUUAGUAGUGCCUCUGUGAUUUAUAGCCUAUAAACAGAAAAGAUCCAAUGAAAGGUCUGACUGCUGUCAACGCUGUGGUAUUUACAUGUAUAACUUAUAUACUGACUCUGUAGUACACAUUUUUUUGUUUUAUUACAAUUUUAUAGACCGCUCUUAGAUUUUGGGUCACAGUUUUAUUUGUAUUGGCCAAUAUCUUUCUGAUGUCUUUUUAAGGAAAAUGGAUUGCUAAGCUUUUAUACUGUGUGGAUGUGCAUUUCUCCCUGUUUUGCUUUGAGCAUCAGUGAAACCACAAUGGAAAUGGAAAUGUAGAAAAACAGAUUAUAUUAAGUCAUUCUAUUUGAGUUGAUCUGAAUUCAUCUAAUUCAUUCCAAUACUCUCCUCUGUAUAGAUCAUGUAUUCUUAAGGUUUGACUGUUGCUGGCAUUGCUAUUGAGACUAAAUGUGUGUGAGCUGGUUUUGAACUAAUAAAUGUAAUGCAUUCUACA